CGCCUGUCCUGGAAGCGGAAGUCGUCAGUGUCUUCCCAGUGGGCUUUGGGUUCAUACGGACAGCGAUGGCAGCCCGGGAUGGUGCAGAUACUGGUGGAAUGGAAACUGAAGCCUGCACGGACAUAAGUAUUCAGCAAGAGAAAGCCAGCUGUGGGGCUACCAGUGAAGGAGAUUCGCAAUACUUAAUAACUGAACAAACAGAGAAUGAGGAUUCCCUUCCUCAGACCUCUGUUAGCAAUGGUGGAGAAUCAGAUACCAGCAAGGAAAUGGUAGAUUUGAAAGUUAUUUGGAACAAAAACAAAUAUGAUGUGAGAAUGCCACUGGAUAGUACAGGAGCUAGCCUGAAAGAAAAGAUUCACUCCCUCACAGGUCUCACUCCUGCCAUGCAGAAAGUCAUGUACAAAGGGCUGCUCCAAGAAGAUAAAACUCUACGUGAAAUAAAAGUAACAAGUGGUGCAAAAAUCAUGGUUAUUGGAUCAACGAUUAAUGAUGUUUUAGCAGUAAACACACCAAAGGAGGUUGUACAACAAGAGGCCAAAGCUGAAGAACCCAAAAAGGAACCUCUAUGUAGGCAAAAGCAACACAGGAAAGUGUUGGACAAAGGAAAACCAGAAGAUGUUAUGCCAUCCAUUAGGGGUGUUAAGGAGCGCUUGCCAAGUGUACCAUUAUCUGGCAUGUACAACAAGUCAAGUGGAAAAGUAAGAUUAACCUUCAAACUGGAGCAGGACCAGCUCUGGAUUGGAACAAAGGAGAGAACUGAGAAAAUCCCUAUGGGCUCUAUCAAAAAUGUGAUUACUGAACCCAUUGAAGGACAUGAAGAUUAUCACAUGAUGGCAUUUCAGCUGGGUCCCACUGAAGCUUCUUACUAUUGGGUUUACUGGGUGCCUACACAGUAUGUUGAUGCAAUCAAAGAUACAGUCCUUGGGAAGUGGCAGUAUUUUUGAAUGUGCCUCCACCUCUGGCAGUGAAGGAUAGACUGAAACCAAAGGACUACAAUUUAUUGGAACUCACUUACUGGAUUAUAAUUCUUCCUCCUUCCCCCUUCCCCCUGCCCUGCACCCCCCAAAAACCUUGGAAGAUGCCAACAAUGAUAGAUUCAAAGGAAAAAAAAAUAUUGAAAAUCCUCACCAGAAGCUGGAGGUGGUUUGUCCAAUGUGACUUUACCUGUGAACAUCAAAUUUAAAAAAACACCAUUUCAAAGAAGUGAAACUUCAAAUUAUUCAAGUUCUUCUUUGAGAGCCACAGUUACCUGCAGGUGAUGUGCUAGAAGCAUUUUAUUAUAUCUACUGUAACAUGGAUGACAUCCCAACUAGGCUUGUUUUUAAGCAUCCACUUGGAGCAGUAUCUGUAAAACAGUACAGUGGGGCUCUACUUAAUGUGCUCCUCAGCUCUAUCUUUAUGCGGAUCCAUUGUACUUGAGAAAACCAAAUUGUGGAAUAUUUAUUUCUUUAAGCAAUCUUGCAUCAUGUGUCUGUUCUCAGGAGGUUUCACAAUUGGUUGCCUUGUAUUUAAAUAUCUAUCCUAGUCAUGGCCUAUUCAGCCCAUCUCCAUACCAAUGGGAAAGGUGUCUGGCCUAAUCCCAAUUCCCAGUUUUCAGUCUGCAAACGUAAGUUUAUGGCACACCAAAUAUGCAUCAAAUAUACUUUAACAAGGAUUUUAAACAUAUGCACCCUUGAUUGUGUUGCCUCAGUGGCUAUUUUUAUUUUUGCAACCAGAUAAAGGGAGAGCAUGGAGUAAAUGUGGCAUAACAAAUUCUAUUUGUCUGUGCCGCCUCAUUGCUUUCAAACUAGCUUUGCUAUUUAAUUGCAGAAAAGAAACCCAGAGAUCUCACUAUGCAAUUAUUGCAGAACCCACUGUACUUUAUGUACUUGAGAGUAAAUGAAACCAUAUUUGGAUGAAUAAUAUUACUAAGUGUUAUCCCCUGAUUCCAUAGGGAGGUACCCAUUUUAAAGCUGCAUGACCAUUUCCACUUGGUUUGUUUCUUGAGGUAUUAGAGGGAAAAGGGGUAGGUAGCAGGAGGGCAGUGGAUGAGAUGCAAAGCAUUUUGGCUUUCUCUAGAUGUGAGUUGCACUUCUUUCCUGCUUCUGGAUUGAAUCAAUUUGUUCCAGGUGGAUGUCAGCUUUGCUUGGCAUCCCAGGGUAGGAAGUUGGGAGGAGUGUUUGAAUUAUUAAUGCUUCUGCAGCACUGAGGAUUAUUCACUCCAGUGCUAUUGGCACUCUUCAAUUAGCAUGCUGCCCAUCUGUGUCCUUGUAGGUUUGGUAGUGUGCACAUGGCUGGGGCAGGCAUAACCAGUUGAACCAUGAAGAAAAGACCAUUGCAUGUUUUUAAAUGUCAAAACUAAACCAUGUUCUUUCUUUGGCCCCCUGCCCAAAUGCCUACCUUCACCUUUUAACAGUAAGCACACUUUAGAGACAUUUGGAAACUAGUAAAACAUCGAGCAACUUAACACUUUGUGACCACUUUUCUGCAUGGCAUCAUGGGGUUGUAUAGGUUGCAAUGUGUGCUGUGUAGUUUGGUUGUAUUUGAGUCAGUUAAAAGGGCGGGGGGGGGGGGGGGAGAAGAGAGAAAGGGUUCUUGUACUGUAAACUAAUCAUCAGAUCAAGCCAUCCAUUCAAUUUCUGAAUUUUCUGACUGACACUAAAUAUUUGAGGGGACAGUGCAGAGGAAGCUUUGCUCUGUAUCCAGCCCAUUGAAGCUGGGAGUCUUUGGGAUGCUGUGGAGGAACCUUGUAUUUAACUUGAUAUACAUGUGUUGGAGGUAUUUUGGAUAGUGUGGAAAGAGCUUCACUCUGCACUAGUACUGAAUACUUGCACUAAUGGCAAUAAAUGGAAUAGUGUGCAGUUUCUAAUCACUGAUAUCCUUUCUUGGAUGAGUAUAAGUAGAUAAAUUAAAAGUUGAGUGUUUUUGGGUUUCUGACAAGUUUAUGGAUCUUAGACCUGAUAACCAUGAAAGGUGCAAUAUUUCAACAUAAUAUGCCAUUUUUAUAUAAAACAAUCCUUUGCCCUGUUCUGAAGUUUUUCAUGGCAUGAACUAAUACUAUGGUUUAGAGUGUAAAGGGUCAUGCAGUUUUAACAGCAUAUAAUUUGCAGAAUGCAUGAUUCAAGCACACUGAUCUUUUGAAAUUAAGGAAGUAGACUUGGUUUAGAGUUGCACUGCUUCCAGUUUUAGUGCUGACCAUUAGUUAGCCCAAUGUUUAAUUCUGAAAACUAGUCUUUAUUGCCAAUUAAAGUUUGUUACUUUACAGUAUUAUAUUUUUUGUCUUCUGUUAUGGGUCUGUGUGGAAUAGCACUACACAGUUGAGAAUAACUGCAAUCCUCUAUCCCUUGCUACUGUCACCUGAUUGAAAAUGCCUUGUAUUGGAACACUUGCAGUGAUUAUUCAGUCAUGGAAUAAAGGCAUUAAAAUGUAACUGACAUACUGGUCAGUGAAACUGCCUAUGACAGGGAAUGAGUUAAAAUGGGCUCUGUAGGUAGCAACCUACAUGUGGAAUUCAACCCAAUCUUAUUAAGAAAAUACCUACAAGUAACAGUGUAAAUGUUUUCAGCCAUCACAUUGAACAGUGAACAAAGCUCAGUGAGCUGAAUGACUUCCUCUGGUUCCUUAUUAGAUCAUUGUCAGUAUUUUCUGCUUCCAUUGUAAUAAAGAGAUUGUUCAGCAGCACCUGUGCAGAGAGAA